ACAGACAUAUUUCCUCUCAUUCUGGACUAUUAGGAAACCACCACUAUAAGGUUAUUCCCAAGUCCUUCUGCCACGUCAAUGAAAAAUGAUCAAGUCUUCUCCCCAUUGUGACUGAGCAGCAACUCCCAUGGAGAAGGAGAGAAACAGUUGGCUGAACCCUAAAGCCAACCUCAGUCUUCUAGGAAGGCCUGAGUCUAACAAAUCGAAAGCAAGGGGAUUUGGCUAUGGUUAAUCGUACAACCCCAUCUCUUCACAUGCAGCACAACCUCUCAUUUCUUGAAACUGGCUGUAAACAGAGAUAGGGAGGGGCCACUGCUGCCUGGCAAAUGAAGCAGAAACUUUGUGAGUAAUUUACUAGAGGAAAAACAAACUCUAUCACUCACUCACUCACUCACACACACACACACACACACACACAUACAUACACACACCCACGCUGCAUGUCCACUGCUGAUAGGGAGGCAGUAGGGUUUCCAGAAGAAAAACACAGAGCAGAUUUUUCCUGUCAGCUUCCUCCUGAAAUGUUGCUUUCUGACCGAGUCGGGACUUCAUGGUACGGAGGAAUGUGUGGCGUGAACUGAAGAACAGCUGGAAGUCAUCAGAAAAACCACCCCUGAUUGGUUCACUAUGUGGAGCUGUGACACUUUCAAUGGUACCCAGAACAGUGAGGACCAACUCCUCUGCCAUGACUUCCACCUCAUCCUUUCCGUCUUCUCCCUCCUCUACCUCAUUAUCUGCUUCCCGAUUGGCCUUUGCUACAAUGCUCUGCUGGUCCUGGUCAAUUUGUACAAUAAGGCCACUAUGACCAUGCCUGAUGUUUAUUUUGUGAACAUUGCCAUUGCUGGUCUCAUCAUCAAUGCUGUGGCACCAAUAUACCUUCUUGGACCAACCACCACCAAGUGGGCCAUCUGGAGCUUUAACAGUGAAGUUUAUAUCACACUGCUGAUUUUGUUUAAUGUCUCCUCCCUGGUUAUUAUGUAUUCAACCACCUUGCUCAGCUUGGAUUACUACAUUGAGCGAGCUCUACCCCGGACUUAUAUGUCUAGCGUGUAUAACACCAAGCAUGUCUGUGGGUUCAUCUGGGGAGGGGCAAUGCUUACAAGUUUUUCCUCUCUGCUGUUCUAUAUCUGUAGCCAUGUGUCCACUAAGCUCAUCGAGUGCUCCAAGAUGCAGAACAAGGAGGCAGCCGAUGCCAUCAUGGUGUUCAUCGGCUAUGUUGUCCCUGCCAUUGCUGUACUUUAUGCACUUGUAUUGAUUUUAAGAAUACGGAAGGAGGCCACACCCCUUGAUCACGAUACUGGAAGACUGGAUCCUUCUGUGCACAGGCUUCUGAUCGCCACAGUAUGCACACAAUUUGCGUUGUGGACACCUUACUACCUAACCCUCGUGGUCAAUACAUUCCUUGUCUCACAAGGAAAACUCAUGGAUGAGCACUACAUGCGGAUAUUGCAUUUCAUCAAAGAUUUGUCAAAAUUCUUAGCUUUCUCUAGCAGUUUUGUGAUGCCUCUCCUCUACCGCUACAUCAACAAAAAUUUUCCUGGCAAGCUACGACGGCUGAUUAAAAAAAUGCACUGUGGGCAUCAGAGGUGCUCUCACGACCGAGCAACAGUACAGCAAGUGAUGACGUAGGAAAUGGGAAACUCAUGGAGUGCAAGCAUUGCGGGACUUCACCACACCAGGUCAUAGCACAAUCCUGCUGCUUCUUAACAAGAACUUUCUUAGAAGCUCUUAGCAUUGAUACUGGAAGGGGGCUGCUAUUCUUAUUGACCAAGGGAUGCUUGUUCUAACAGAGCUGGCACAGAGAGACUAAGAGAAACCUCAGGCAGGCCAGAGAAGCUGGCAUUUGAGAGCACUUUCAAAGCACCAAGGCAGGAAGCUUGAGUUCUGAAUUUCUUCCCAGUUUUAAUAAUCCUGGGCAGAUAAAUGACUAAAAGGUAAACUGAGGUCUUGAUUGGAUAUAAAGCACUUUGUUACCUGUCCACAAAAAGGACAUCGCUAUGUUUUCUUCCUUAGGAAAAAGAGAUGCAAUAAUUCUAAAAUGGAAUAGUCUGAGUACUCUUCUCGACAUGCCCUGUGUGUCCUUACCAGGCUGGUCUGUCUCUGGCCAAGGUAAUGCUGAUCAAAGGAAUAGGCUGUCCAAACAGUCUGAAGUGAAAUAUAAGCUACACUAUUAUUAACUUAUCUGUUUUUUUUUUCUCCCUUUAAAUGUGUGCAUUUUGAGGUCUUUGUAAUUCAAGAAAUUUACUCAUUUUAAAUCUUUUCUAAAUUAGGCUUUUUCUAAAUGAAGUAAUAAGAAUCUGGAAAUCCAGUAUUUAUAGUUUGCUUGGUCAUAUUGGGAAAAUACUUGAUUCUUCACUAUUUUUCUUGAUUUUUUUUUAAAAAGGAAGCACAGAUAUUUAGUAGAAAUCCACUAAGUAUUAAAAUGAAGGAAAUUAUUACAAAAGUCAGGAUGAUGGUGGAAUGUACUUUUUUAAAAAUUAAAAAAACAAACAAAACCACAA